CUCACCAGCCCCUUCCUUUCCCACAGUCAACAGGAAGACUGAGCCGAGUCAGAGCGGAGACCAGACAGAGAGGACCCAAACACUCAGGAGAAGGAGGACGUCUCAAAAGCUUCCAAUCCAGCACAAAAAAACGAGAAGUCUGAAAGAAGGAAUGAACAUAAGGAGUAAGAAUCACAGAGAGGUGGAGAAACUCCAGUUAACGUCUCCACACUACGUCGAGGUGGAGAAAUCAGACAAGAAAAGUUCCAAAUACAGGGAGGGGGAGCUUCCAAUGCAAACUACAAAGGAAAAUCAGAGGUCGUCUAGUAUGGCUGGGCAAGUAUCCAAGAGCUCAGCACAGCGACUCAGCCGAGACCUGACCUGUUCUAUCUGCCUGGACCUCUUCAAGCAGCCUGUCUCCCUGCCCUGCGACCACACCUUCUGCCAGGCAUGUAUCGCUGGAUACUGGACGGGCCCCAGAGGCCAGGUUCAGGGGGGGUCCGGAUCCUGUCCCCAGUGCAGGAAGGUCUUCCCUGGCCAGAGCUACCGGCCCAACCGCAUCGUGGGUAACAUAGUGGAGAGCUACUGCCAGGGCCUGGAGGAGAGAGAGGGGCUGCUGGGGGACACGGGGGUACCAGAGAGGAGCCUUGCUUAUGCUCCUGCCCCGUGCUGUGGCCGGCACCGAGAGGAGCUGAAGCUGUACUGUGAGGAGGACCAAGAGCUGUUGUGUCUGGUGUGUGGACUCUCUCAGGAGCACCGGAACCACAACAUGGUGUGUGUCCAAGAGGCACAGCAGAGAUACAGGGCGUCUCUCAGCAGUUCCAUGGACUCUCUGAAAGGGGAGCUGAACACGGCCCUGCAGUGUGAGAGAGAAACUGAGGACGAAGUUAAGAAGCUCAAGGAGCACACGGCAGACCUGAAGCAGCGCAUCGAGGCCCAGUUCAGCGACCUGCACCAGUUCCUGUACCAGGAAGAGAAGCUGCUGCAGGUGAAGCUGAAGACAGAGGAGCGCAGGGAGCUGAUCAGGCUGGACGAACACAAGGCCCUGCUCUGUGUGGAGGUCUGCCGUCUGCAGAGGGCCCUGAAUGAGAUCGAGGACAAGCUGAGGGAGCAGGACCCCUUUACAUUGCUGCGGGUGAGAGACAGGAAUAUCAAGACCCUGGUCCAGAGGCCGACGCCCAAGUUUGAAAAGCCUACUCUCACGGCCCCCAGCCUGUGUGAGGGUCGGUUCGCAGGGCCCCUGCAGUACCGAGUGUGGAAAUCAUUGAAAGGAAGCAUUUACCCAGUUCCGGCUGCCAUCACCUUGAAUUCGAGCACGGCCAACCCCUGGCUUAGCCUGACCUCCUCCCUCACCUGUGUCCGCUACCAGACCUUCAACCACUCUGUCCAGGACAACCCCAACCGCUUCAAUGCUGCGUUGUCCCUGUUGGGCAGUCAGGGCUUCACCCACGGCCGCCACUACUGGGAGAUAGAGGUCUACAGCAGCACUGUGUGGACCGUGGGUGUGGCUAGAGAAACUGUAUCGAGGAAGGGAGUAAUCAAAGCCUUGCCGGCCAAUGGCUUUUGGACCCUGUCCCUGUCCUAUGGAAUACAGUACAUGGCCUGUACAUCGCCCCCUACUGUGCUUUCACUGGAGGAGCCUCUGGCUAGGAUAGGGGUAUAUCUGGAUUAUAAGAGGGGUCUGGUUUCUUUCUACAAUGCAGAGAGCAUGACACAUCUCUAUACGUUCCGUGAAACCUUCACAGAGACGUUGUACCCCUACUUCAAUCUGGGAUUCCUGGAUAAAGUGCAUGAGAAUGAGCCCCUCAAAGUUUUCCUUCCCAAAAUCUGACAGUCGCGGCACGCAUCUAUUCCCCGCAAAGCAUGAGGCCAUCCUUACACUGGUGUGGUGCUAAAACACCCUCAGAAUCUAACUGUUAGAUUAUAAGCGACGUAAAAUCAACUGACACAAAAUACUACCGUCAUAUUGUUUGAGAUGUUAGAGAGAGUAAGCAGGCCAACUGUAAAUAACAUUUUAUAAACGUAAUCUUGAUGUGGUCCAGAGCUUCACCGUCAAGGUUUGUUAAAUGUAUGUAUGCGCAGUAACCUUUUGCAGUAUUACAGUGUAAAUUGUACGUGACUGGCGUAAACAGAAUGAUGAAUACAAAAUUGCCUUAUCGUGUACAAUGUACGGCAGUUCAAUAUUUUGAGAAAAAAAAUGGACCAACUAUUUUAAUAAGUAAUCUUCAAUGCAUAAUAAUCAUCUUUUAAUGAAUUUUGGAUAUCAUCAGUAUUUCAAACGUUCACCUCACGAUACUGUACCAUUCAAAAUAAAUAAGAAUUUGUUUUGUG